GGCGCUUGUGCUUUAGAGAGGCUCCGGGUGUGGAUGUGCUGUCGUUGCCCCUGCCGGGAUCUUUGUGCUGAGGUACCGGAGUUUUGUCAGCAACUACCACUGCUCCGUAGUUGCGUUCCCCAACGCUGAACUAUUGUUUCCUCUUAACGGAAGUCCCGCCGCAGCCUAGACCUGCGCCAAACCCAGUGACUGCUGGACAUGUGCGGCACAUGUUGCCGGUUGCAGACAGCGUGUGCUGCCUAAAGGACAACCGUACAUUCACUGCGGAAAAUGAGUCUUAUUAAACUGAGCAUCGCAAUUGUAGUUGGACAAGCACCACGUAAAUUUGGAACUGUGGUCUAAUUCCAUCGACCUGUAAAAUGCACUUUAUAUUUGUCAAUUUGCUACGUGAGCUGUAGACUGCAUUUGCUUGCGUAAUAAUAAUCAGUUGCAACCGGAUCAUCCCAACUUUGGUCAUAAGGAUAAACUAGAGUUCUCCAUAGGUGCAGAGGAGUGGUCGAAUUAUUUAACAUCAUGACGUUGAUAGACGGAGUAAAUAGAAACAAACUGAUCCCGCUGGGAGAAGGGUCAAGUGCCAGGGAUGUGGAAUGGUGAAAUGGAUCAAAAGUAAAAUAUGAAAAGACUUUUAUAUAGUGAAUGGCGGGUAUCCGAAUACACCACCUGGGUAAAAGUGAAGGCAGAUUCAAUUGCAUCGUUCGAAAGGGAUUUCAGAAGAUGUUUUCAACGCCUUACUGUCCCCAUGUCGGCCGUGGAGAAUACGCUGAUGUAUAUGAUCCAGCAGAGGAUACCUUCCUAUUAAUGGAUGCCUUAGAAAAAGAUGUGAAAGAAAUACAGCAGCUCUGUCCCAGUAUUUGCCUUGAGGUUGGAACGGGAUCUGGUGUUGUCUCGGUAUUCCUAGCUUCCAUGAUUGGGCCUACCUCAUUUUAUCUCUGUACAGAUAUUAACUGCUUGGCUGCUGCUUGUGCACAAGAAAGUGCCUGGAAAAAUGGGGUGAAUAUCCAGCCAAUCAUUACUGAUCUGGUCACUGGACUGCUGCCACGACUACAAAAUCAAGUUGAUGUGCUGGUAUUUAAUCCACCUUAUGUUGCAACUCCCUCAGAAGAAGUUGGUAGCCAUGGUAUAGAGGCAUCUUGGGCUGGUGGAGAAAGAGGUCGUGAAGUCAUGGAUCGCUUUUUUCCUCAGGUCUCAAGCCUCCUCUCCAGUCAGGGAAUCUUUUAUUUGGUGACAGUUCAGGAAAAUGAUCCAGAGGAAGUAAUAGAAUCAUUGAAAAGUUUUAAUUUGAAAGGGACUGUGUUUAUUUCAAGGCAAGCUGGGAGAGAGCGACUAUCAGUACUCAAAUUUCGGAAAGCCUGAUUGUUGAGUUCUAGUACUCCGCUUUCAUCAAAACCACAAGAAGCCAUCAUCCUAUACCGGAAAGAAAUGGACAGUCCGACCUACUGCUUACCUUAUGACUGCCGAGGGAAUUAUGAACACAAGCAUCUAAGUGCUGUAAUCCAAUUAAAAUUCAGCUGAAUGCCCAGAACAAUUUCCAAGGAAAACUGGAGAUAGUUCAGUACUAACAUGAGUUGUUGAAACUGCCCCUCAGAAGACUUAUAACCUGGAGGCAUUUUUGAAUGCAGGUUUUGAAGAUCAAUGACUUGAUUAUAUUAUGCCAAAAAUUGCUUAAGGCAAAGCAAAUGAAAGUGUAUGUGGUAACUUGCAAUUACAGAAAGCCCGUUCUACAAGCAAAUUAAUUUGAACAGCAACAGUAAAGAAAAACAAGGCAAACUGCAAUCAAGUCAUGCUGAAAGGAAUAGUGUGAUGUGGGAAGAUCUGAAAUCAAAUAACAAAAGUUAAAGCAAUUGUACUAAAUGUAUUUUAAAUCCUGAAGUAUGGUCUUGAACCACAUUCUGUCUGAAAUGAUUUUCUGUGCAUUUUUAAGGUAAUAUGACGAAUGGGGAUUUUAUGAAAAAUGAAUAUUUUGUUAAUCCAUUAUUUGCGUACAAUUGAUCAAUAAUGAAAAUAAAUGAUUUAAAUAGGA